AUGUUCGGCCGUAUCGCGCUCCGCAAGCCAGCGGCCAUCGAAUCGUUGAAACAAGUGACGCGUGCUAAGCUGCUACGUGCCGCAGCUUUGCACACCACUGGCGUGGCGCAGAAGGACAAAGACGCGUCGGAAGGUGUGGCGGUCCCCACGCAGGGGCUCCUGGACCAGGCUGGACUCACGGACUGGAAGAUCUCGGCCCCAAUCAUUGGCGCGCUAGCGAUUCCCGCCAUUUCGAACCACUUUUACGUGCUGAACGAGGAGUCGCAGCUCGCGUGCUGCUUUCUGCUCUUCUGCUCGGCCAGCUACAAGUUUGGCGGAGAGAUGAUCGCCUCGUACUUUGACGACCGUGCUGCUGCAAUUCUCGGCGAACACAAUGCUGUCGAGGAUGCCAACUUGGACCUAGCCAAGGCGACACUCGAGACGCACAUGGCGAUGCUCAACAUCCACGAAGACAUUGCAGCUGUGGCGGCGGCCCACAAGGAGGCUGUCGCGCUACUGUGCGACGUGCAGGCCUAUAAGCUUCGCCACAAGACGCGCGAGACGUUUGUGAAGAAUUUGGAGUCGAUUCGUGAGAUUGAAGCAAGCUACCAGAUCGAGCUUCAGAAGAGCAUGGUGGCGAACGCUACGAGCAAAGUGCGUGCUGUCGUUCAGAAAGGCGACAAGAAGCUGAAGGACGCCGCCUUCAAGCAUGCUGUUGACAUUCUGGCCAAUACUGACGUGGAUGACAAGAAGGAGGAUGACGUGGCUGCUCUCUUCGCCAAGGAGCUGCGCGCCUACGCCACGGAUCUUGAGGCCAAACAGGGCCAGGUGGUCAGUCUCACGGACGCCGAGCAGAGCGAGCUUCAGGCCGAUCUGGACGCCUACAUGCACCGUUUUGGCCUCGAGGACGCCGACUUCAAGGCUCCGAAGGAGAUUAAGCUCGAGCUCAUGUAA